AUUCUAUCUUACCCCACCUUAAAAAUAUAUGACCAGACAUAGGUACUUUAAGCUAAUAUGAAAGUAAAUCUUUAUCUUGCCGUUUUGUUGCUAUGCCUGCUGGUGGCGGUCAAGGAUAUUGAGGCAAGGAGAAGUUUGAGUCGACGCAGGCAAUCAUCAAACAGAAGACCAAGCAGUAAAACACUAACAACAGUUGCCAUGUCAGCUACGUUGUUGAGAUUGGCAACGGAACAAAAUAAACGGACAGGAUACAAACCACCAAGCCUUUCUUCCGGAUACUUCCUCACACCUGGUAUUUAUCUCGAUGACGACUUCAAUGUCAACGGUAACCAAUAUUGGACGCCACAUUUUCUCUUAUCAUGUUCUGAUGAAGAAGAGUGUUUGAGAAACUGCCUUAUUGUCCCGACUUAUGUUUCCAGUAAAACGAAGUGCCGCUACCAGUUUUUUGAUCGCGUCAACAACCAAACCACCUUCAAGUUCGUGAAUGAAUUUGUAAAUUCAUCAAGCGUCGUGCAUACGACUCGCGACAUAAAUAUCUGUUGCAGCAGCAAAACAACAAGGGCGACAAUUUCUUUCUACGUUUUAAUGCUGUCCUUACUCAUCUCCAUGCUACGUUAAUGAGUGUAAAUUGGCACGGAUGAGUUGAAUGAAUGAAUGAAUGAAUGACACUUAUUUAUCCUUUUCCGUCAAAUAUUUGUUCUUGUUUUUCAUUGCAGCUAAUUGCCUUACUUAUUCACCUUUUCCAAAAUAAUCAGGCAGAUGUAAAAGAUAACAUACUCUUCUAUAUAGGCUAUCUUUGACAAUUAGUUAACAUCAAAUCAGGCUUUUACCUAACCAUUUCGGCAACAAAACCAUUUUUCCAUCCUUUAACACUACGCCUAUAUCAAAUUAGUCAUGUAUUAAUUUGUACCCUAUUAAUUGCACAGUCACUAACGGUAUAAUUGUACGGUACCUGGAGGUGUUUACUUAUGUAGUAUGACCGGAAACAAAAUAAUGCGAAUGUUUAUUACAAAUUAUAUUUAUGCAAUGCAUAAUAUAGCUAGUUAAAUAUAUUUUUUUCCAUGACGUUUAAUUAAAGAGUGUCUGCCUGCUUAGCGCACGAUCAAGCAUGCCAUAAACAUAUUGUUUUGCUUCGUGUUGUUUUAUCCGCCACAUGUUUGUAACGCAAAAUCCGCAGCAUAUAUUUGUCUGUAUACCGUUUGCAUAUAACCUGCUGUUGAAACGAUCUAUUAAAUGCACGAUUGCCAGCCCACAGGGCAUUUUAUUAAAAGUUCAAUUUAGUUGUGUUGAAUGAAAAAUAAGUUCAAUAAAAAUAGACGAAGCAUGAA